UAUUUCACUUUCUUUUUCAAUGCUCAUUCUUUCUCACACUUCUCAUCUCCCAAGUGAAACAACACUGACCAAAUUCUUUUUUCCCCCAACCCAACGAUUGCAAGCCCCUCCAUCUACCAGCGGCAACGACCAAGGCGCUUGUUAUUGUGUAGGCCAAGCAAGAAGCUCGAACAGGCGUUGCUCGAUCCGAUCUCCAGGACUUGGAAGAAUGCUCACCCGCUGUGCUAUGAAUGGUGGAGAAGGACCUCAUAGCUAUGCCCGAAACUCAUCCUAUCAGAAAGGAGUUGUGGAUGUGGCAAAACCUAUAAUUGAAGAAGAAAUUUCCAGAAAACUAGAUCUCAAACACCUUUCAUCCACUUUCAGGAUUGCGGAUUUCGGCUGCUCUACGGGCCACAAUUCUUGUGCAGCCAUUCAAAUUAUAACUGAAGCCAUCAGGCGAAGGUUUGAAAUAGAGGGAUUAAUUUCUCAACUCCCGGAUUUUUACGUGUACUUUAAUGAUAAAGUCACGAAUGAUUUCAACACUCUUUUUAAUUCACUGCCACGUGAAAGACUUUAUGGUGCUGCUGGAGUGCCGGGUUCUUUUUAUGGCCGGCUGUUGCCGAAAGCUGCGCUUAAUUUUGCUUAUUCCAGUUGUUCCCUUAACUGGCUCUCAGAGGUACCAAAGGCAGUGCUGGACACUACGUCUCCAGCAUGGAACCGGGGGAAAAUUCACUAUGUGGGAGCAAGAAGAGAAGUGUGCGAAGAGUAUGCCAAUCAGUUUGCCAAGGAUAUAGAGUCAUUCUUGGAUUUUAGAGCGGAGGAGCUGGUGCCUGGAGGGCUAAUGGCCCUUCUUGUCCCUACAGUCCCUGCUUCCUGCGAUCCCAACUCAGCCUACGCAAUGACCACCGCGCCUUAUCUUUUAGGUUCAUGCUUCAUGGACAUGGCGAAAACGGGAAGAUUCAGCGAGGCAAAGGUAGACUCCUUCAACAUUCCGGUAUAUUUUCCCAUCCCACAAGAAUUCAAGGCCAUAAUAGAGCGGAAUGGCAAAUACACAAUCGAAAGAAUAGAGGUACUAGACAAUCCAGGGAAGCACAACUUGACCGGCCCCAAAGACCAUGCUGCACACUUUAGAUCAGUCUCUGAGGGAAUGCUGAUAGAUCACUUUGGAAGCGAAAUAAUCGAAGAAUUGUUUGACCGCUACACAAAGAAACUUGAAGCUUCGCCGCUUUUCUCAGAUCCCGACUGUGACAAGUCAAUUAUAAUGUUUGUCCUCCUCCAGCGUAAAUUGGAAUCAUAUUGUUCUGCUUCUUGAUUUACUGCUUUCUUGCUUUGGUGGAUGUCAUCAAAGAAAAACAAGAAGAAAAACCAUAUGAUCAAAAGUAGAGAUCAUGAUCCAUCCUGCUCAUAAUAAGCUUGUGUUAGAAGUUGUCUCGUUCAAUCGGAAAAACUUAAAUUGAGAUUGGUAGGACUUAAACUAAUUAUAUGGUAAGUCUAGUACACUUGUGGCAUGAUUGGUCUAUAAUUCUGAAAAAAUGACCAAUCACAUGGAAAGUAUGAUACACUUGUUUUGUGAUUAGUUUAGUUCGAUCAAACUUGAUUUAAUUAAAAAAAUUUUGUUUGUAAA